AUGGCAGGAGGCAACCACUGUGAAGCUGGCUACCUAUCCAACGCACCUGCAGCUCCUUCUACAUCACUCCUCAACGACGCAUCGCACCUUCCUGCGCAUCCUUAUUCGCACACACAGGUAGCAGACUACAAACACGAUGCAACCCCGGCUGCUUCCUUCGUCACUAUCUGGACAACACGCUUGAAGACACACUGCAAGAAGGUUGCGUACGAUCUGAUUGGGACCUUCAAACGCCGAUCUCGUCAGGAGAGGAAUGUAGAAGAUGCGCCACCACUGAGCACGAGCAACACUUGGAACAUGCCUAUCAACAUCAUUUACCUCAUGUCCGUUUACGGACCAGAGAUCAGGCGCUCCGCGACCGGAAGGUUCGAUUCCCAGUCCGAUGUCGACCUCAUGUCAAGCACCUAUGCUGUACGGGUCCUUGGUCUUCAUUUCGACAACGCCAAUUCAGUGCCGGUUGGAAAGACAAUAACCGGCGAGGUCGUCCACAGUAUCGGACAAGUGACUGCCAGGUGGGGUCCUACACAGGAUGCGACGUUGUCCUCACCUUCAGGCGACAAGAUAACGCUCACGGCAAAGACCUACCACGCGACUUUCCAUGUCAUCGACUCUGAUGAAUUUGACGUCUACAUUGGUCACCCAUCACUAGUAAAAAACGGUCUUUACGGAAAGAAGCCCAAGGUGCUUAACCCUUUCCGCUCGUAUGGUUCCGCAGCUGGCCCAACCGCUACUUCAAAUUCUGCCCAAGACCAGGAAUAUCUUCGAAGAGUGGAAGCAGAACGUCUGGCCGUGGCCCAACUUAUGCAACAACAGACUCAAGGCACUUCCAAGAAGUAG